AUGAAAGUGAAAGUGCCAAAGUGGGAGCUACACAUGUAAUGUGGAUGAAAGGUUUGCGGCGUUAACACAGACCAUAUCAAACGUUCGGAGUGGCAUAUUAUUUUCCUGUGACUUAGUUCAUCAUCAAAGAGACUUGAAAGUGAGUCCUUUAUUUAAACAUUGGAAUAGCAGGCUCCAGGGACAUGCGGCUGCGUCUCCUUUCCCUCCUUCUUAUCUUCAAAGUUUGUCGACUCAAUACUGUCAGUCCAGACGUGUGCCCACCCCUGUCUCAUUGGAAGCUCACCAAGCCCCUGAACACGAGGGAUAGUUAUCAAGAAAACGAAUCUCUGCGCUACCAGUGUGUGGAUGGCUAUGUGAGGAAGGCGGGAACCUCCAAUCUCAUCAAGUGCAAACGGAUUGGUCAGGUUCUUCAGUGGACACUCCCAACACUGACAUGCAUACCUGACCCAUCCAUUCCAACUACGAUAGAACCUUCAACAACCCACAAGACAACUCAAUUUCCUACAACGCCCCUCUCAGUGCCCACAGAGAGAGUUAGCCCAAGACCAACCACUCUCAGUUCACUUUUAUCUCAAACACUGCAAUCUGUCACAGAGACCCAAGAGGUCAUUACUACGGUUACAGUGACAACCACCAUCAUCAGUGACAUCGCAUCAGUGCCAGUGGAUAAGUCCAGUGCGGUGACCUCUGUCUCCACGAAGACUGUUUCUCCAUCAGAGAGUUACUGUGUGACCAACACAGCCCCAACCUCCAGUAAAAAUCCAGGUGACGAUGGAAGCACUGGGAAGAGUUCUGCUACAGCCAUAUAUGCGGUCCUAAGUGUAGGUGGUGUGAUAGUAACCAUCUUGCUGGUUGCAGUGUUUGGAGUACUAAUGUUUUGGAGAAGGAAACGGAUGCAGCGGUUUGAUCUGUCGCCAACACCAGACGAAAUCGUGCAAAUGAAUGUUGUAACAUGAGCCACACUCCUUAGUGCCCUGACGGACAACCAGCAGCCACUUAGAAAAGACAAAAGGUGCAUCAGUCUGAUGGUGGAGGAACAACGACCUUGGAUUGGACAAGAACUGGACCAAAAAUUACAGUGGCUUGGACCUGAGUGUCCUCGUGUGGAAAAUUAAAAUAUCAAAAGCACCACCCAAAUUGAUUAAUUUAAGACAUAUUGAUUUAUUUAAUUGAUUGAUUAAUAUCCUUAAACUGGCAAAGAUUCUAACUAAUCACAACAGCCCAAAAUCCAUGGGAUUACUUUCUCACUGAAUUCACAAAAGGUAUGUGAUAAACAUGCAACUUUGGAGAACAGCGAACGACUAACCGGUGCCUGUAAUAUAGCCUCGCUACUGUAUAUAGCCUUGCUACUGUAUAUAGCCUUGCUACUGUUAUUAUUCACUGUAUUUUUACUGUUGUUUUUUAUUUCCUUACUUACUCCCAGUUAGAUAGCAUAUGUUCCUUUUUUCAAAAAUUUUUGUCGGCGAAAUAGCUCCAUUUGUUCUUCACGUUUGGCUGAGAAAUCGCCCGGAAAUUGUAGUCACGAAAACGGCGAAAAAUAUUCCAAAUUAGCUCCAUAAUAUCGAAAGAAACAUGGCAAACGUUGUUUAUAAUCAAUCCUCAAGGUGUUUUUCAAAUAUCUAUUCAAUAAUAUAUCCAUCGGGACAAUUCGUUUUUCAGUAGGACCGAUUGGAGUAAUGGCUACCUCUGUAUUUUACGCGAGAAUCUCUCUGGCAGCAUCAGGUGACCACUUGCGCAAUGUAGCCGCUUACGGGUAUUCUUCAACAUAAAUGCGUAAAACUACGUCACAAUGCUGUAGACACCUUCGGGAAUACGGAGAAAGAGUAAUCUGGUUGAUAGCCCAUUCCCUGAUCAAUAGGGACUCAUUGGAACGCAGCGCUUUGAAAACAUGAGGCACUUCCGGAUUGGAUUUUUCUCAGGCUUUCACCUGCAACAUCAGUUCUGUUAUACUCACAGACAAUAUUUUUACAGUUUUGGAAACUUUAGUGUUUUCUAUCCUAAGCUGUCAAUUAUAUGCAUAUUCUAGCAUCUUGUCCUGAGAAAAUAUCCCGUUUACUAAGGAACGUUUUUUUCCCAAAAAUGAAAAUACUGCCCCUUGUCACAACAGGUUAUAAAGAGCCUUCACCUUCCCUGGGUUAGCUCUAACUUAAUACAGUUGUUCAGAGAAAGGGGUAUAAAGCCUGGGCAAAGUACAGUAGACAAAAUGGUCACCAAAGAUCCAACUGAUUUGGAGUCCUAUAGAAAAUUAUGACAUUUUCGUGUGACUAUCGGCUUACGUCGAUUCCGGAGCAAACGAUUCCGGAGCAAACAUCAAUUAUUCCGGAGCUAGCCAGCUGAAGGGUUCCAUCAGUCACUCCUGGGCAACAAUCACCUAAAGCUAGAAAAGCCUCCUAUAUGGAUAGUCUUACAAAAAAUUAAAAACAAAAAUCCACAGCAGUUCUGGAAAUACACAAAUUACCUUUGAAAUAAUCUGGCUUUAGACACAACCAUUCUACCACCUACAGCGUUAUUGAUAUUUACUAAUGAUUUAUAUUCUUAAUCUGACCAAGGCCAACUAACAGGUGCCAUCAUUGAUUUAGUUGAGAAUUCUAUUUUACUAGCAAAACGUUAACAUUGGUUUCACUAACAGAUCACUAAACUGGUUCCAUGCAUAUUUUAGCAUUAGAAAACAAUGUGUUUUCAUAGACGGACACAAAUCACAACUUCUUGGACUCAGUAGAGGAGUACAUCAAUCUCUAUAGUCAUAAAUGAAUUGCCUCUAAUUUGUCAGGAUACACAAGAUCACUUAUACGCUGAUGAUACAUCCAGUUCAAAUAAUUUACAGAUACAAGCAACUCCAAAAAUAUUUGAACACUUUACAAAAAUGGUUUCUAACAAAUAAUUUGGUUUUAAAUCAAACAAAGUCCUAUAUCAUACUGUGUUAUUGACUUGUUUAUUGUUUACUCCAUGUGUAAUUCUGUGUUGUUGUCUGUUCACACUGCUAUGCUUUAUCUUGGCCAGGUCGCAGUUGUAAAUGAGAACUUGUUCUCAACUAGCCUACCUGGUUAAAUAAAGGUGAAAUGAAAUAAAAAAUGCUGUUUGGUAUGACACAGAAUGAACUCCAUAGCUGGACAUUUCAAAAUUCAUUGAAGUGAUGGAACAAUGCUUGAAAGUGUUGAUUGUUUGUUUGAAAUAUCUGGGUUUGAGGAUAGAUUCUAAAUGAUCUUUUGGAAAGCAUAUUGAUUAUAUUAGAAAACAAUUGACUACAGUGCAUUCGGAAAGUAUUCAGACCCUUAACUUUUCGAACAUUUUGUUACAGCCUUAUUCUAAAAUCGUUUAAAAUAAUUGUUUUCCCUUAUCAAACGAGGCAAAACCAGGUUUAGACAUGUUUGCAAAUGUAUUACCAAUAAAGAACUGAAAUAUCACAUUUA